AUGGGGUCGGAUAUACCUUGCUGCGAACCCGACUUCUUCCUCUACGUCGUCAUAAUCAUAGCUCUUGUGUCCUUCGCUGGUUUGAUGGCUGGUUUAACCCUUGGUCUCAUGUCUCUCGGACUCGUCGACCUCGAAGUUCUCAUAAAAUCUGGCCGUCCUCAAGAUCGAAUCAACGCAGGCAAGAUAUUCCCAGUAGUGAAGAAUCAGCAUCUUUUGCUCUGUACACUCUUGAUCGGAAACUCUAUGGCCAUGGAGGCUCUUCCAAUAUUCUUGGAUAAAAUUGUGCCUCCAUGGGCUGCGAUCGUUCUAUCGGUCACUCUUAUACUCGUUUUCGGAGAGAUAAUGCCGCAGGCAGUUUGUACUCGAUACGGCCUCAAGGUUGGAGCGAUAAUGGCUCCUUUUGUCCGUGUUCUUCUUAUACUGUUCUACCCUCUUUCCUAUCCAAUCAGCAAGGUUCUUGAUUGGAUGUUGGGUAAGGGACAUGGUAUUAUCUUACGAAGAGCAGAGCUGAAGACAUUCAUGAAUUUCCAUGGAAACGAGGCUGGGAAAGGUGGGGAUCUAACGAACGAUGAGACUUCUAUUAUCACAGGCGCACUUGAAUUAACAGAAAAGACGGCAAAAGAUGCCAUGACUCCCAUAUCGAACGCAUUUUCUCUUGAUCUUGAUUCAACUCUUAAUUUGGAAGCUUUGAAUACAAUAAUGGCAGUUGGUCAUAGCAGAGUUCCAGUAUAUUACAGAAACCCGACACAUAUAAUUGGGCUCAUUUUGGUUAAAAAUCUCUUGGCAGUUGAUGCAAGAAACGAAGUUCCUUUGAGAAAAAUGACCAUGAGAAAAAUUCCGCGUGUCUCUGAGACAAUGCCAUUAUAUGAUAUCCUCAACGAGUUCCAGAAGGGUCACAGCCACAUUGCAGUAGUCUAUAAGGAUCUUGACGAGCAAAAGGGCUCUCCCGAAACAAGCGAAAAUGGUAUCGAGCGUGGAAAAAACAAGAAAAGUAGAGAGGAAUUGUUUAAGGACAGUUGUAGGAAACCAAAAGUGCAGAGUGAGGUAUCAGAGAAGGAAGUAUUCAAAAUCGAAACUGGAGAUGCAAAAUCCGGAAAGAGCGAGAACGGAGAGGAGCAGCAGGGGAAGACGACUUUAUCAGCUGUCCCAGCUAAGAAGAGACAUAGAGGCUGUUCGUUCUGCAUUUUGGACAUUGAGAAUUCUCCUAUACCUGUUUUCCCUACCAAUGAAGAGGUUGUAGGAGUUAUCACCAUGGAAGACGUUAUCGAAGAGCUUCUUCAAGAAGAGAUCCUUGACGAAACUGAUGAGUAUGUGAACAUCCACAACAGGAUAAGAGUCAACAUGCAUGCUUCUCAGGAGAAUCUACCAAGCGUAACCUCAGUCACGCAAUCAUCUUCGGGUUUCACAAGUCCCAACCGCACAUCCGCUGUGGCCACACCAGAUUCAAGUCCUUCAACAAAGCUUUCAGAUUCAAGUCCUACAACUAAUCCUUCAGAUUUGAAUACUACAACGAAGCCUUUAGAAUCAAGACCUACAACAAAGCCUUCAGAUUCGAAUCCUUCAACAAAACAUGAAGCAUCUGGUGAAGACUCCGCCCGAAGUUUUUGA